CAAUGCAAAGCAAGACCUUAGAAAACCUCACUCCCCUCCUUCCCAAACCUCCGAUUCCGAGCUCUUCCGAUCCUCGAUCAUCGUCCUCGCCGUGUCGAAUUAGGUUCCGAUCGGCUAAUCGAGCGUGGCCUGGUUGGUCUACAGCUCCGCGUCUCCGAUGAUGUGAGCUCCGGGCUUGAGGACGUCAAAAUUGUCGAGGCCUCGGAUCACGAUCUCUCUCGGUCGUUCUGGUCAGGUAUGUGCCGCUUUAGCUCCUUGGCGUCCUCUUAUGAGAUCUUUGGAUCAACUGACGUUUGUUUCAGAUGGACUCAUUGGCUCAUUGGUUCACGAAUUCCGCGGUAGCUUCAGUUUCGUUGUUUGGGCCUGUAUUGACUGCGAUGAUAUGGUUUUGUUCGAUCGGUUAUGAUUAGGCGUAAGGUUGAUACGUGCUCUGCUUUUCUGGAGAAAUAUGUUUGAUUCCAUGAUCAGUCGAACCCCGAGGGAGGCUCUACUGUCGGAUAAUUGAGCUUGUUCUUUGCAUUUUUAGCAUGCCAAAGGCAAUUUAGUUGUCCUUUGAAUGCUCGUGAAGCAGCGGAACCUUUGAAACUUGUGGAACUAUGUCUUCUAUGGAACCGGACAAGUCCGACUCGAUUGCCCCACUUGACAAGAGCCUCCAGUCCAUGCGCUCCGAUGACGAGGAGCAAUGGUACUGGAAGAUGCGGUCCAUCUACAGGGUCCCCGCACGAAUCACCGCCCCCAACCGCGAGGCCUACCAGUCACAAGUUGUCUCCUUCGGCCCCUACCACCACGGCGAGGCCCACCUCCUCCCCAUGGAGGAACACAAGCACCGCGCUGUCCGCCACUUCCUUAAGCGGUCCAAGAAGCCUAUGGAGCGCUUCUUCGAGUCCCUGAGGGAGGUGGCGCAGGACCUUGAGGAGAGCUACGACGCGCUGGAUCCGAAGUGGAAGGCAGGCAGCAGUGAGGGCGCGGCACGCCUGUUCCUGGAGCUGAUGAUAACUGACGGCUGCUUCAUGCUCGAGAUCUUGAGGUUCGCAACCAACGAGGUGGAUGACUACGCGCCCAACGACCCCAUCUUCAGUUACCACAGGACCAUCCACAUAAUGACAGACAUUUGCAAGGAUAUGCUGAUGUUGGAGAAUCAGCUUCCGAUACUAGUGCUGGAUCGGCUGGUGGCUGUGGAGAGCGAUGGCAAGAAGGACGACGAAUUCGUCAGCAGGCUCCUCCUCAAGGUCUUCCCGCUCCUCAGCAGGGGCAUCACAAGGUCGGGCAAAUGCUUGCACGUCCUGGACGUUUUAAGGAACAGCAUGCUGAUGGAGCCCGAGAAGAAGGACGAGGAGGACGACGAAUCCGUCAACAGGUUCAUCCUCAAGUUCCGCUCCCCCAGCAAGGGCAUCACAUGGAUGGGCAAAUGCCUGCAUGUCCUGGACGUUGUCAGGAACAGCAUGCUGAUGGAGCCCAAGAAGAAGGACGAGGUGAAGAGGGAGGACAUUCGGGAGAUUAUACAAUUGGCCUCGGCCACCGAGCUCAGCGAGCAUGGGAUCAAGUUCAAGAGGAGCAAGACCGACGGCAACAAGGACAUCUCCUUUGCGGGUGGGGCCCUGACGCUCCCCAAGAUCUGGGUGGAUGAAAGCACCAUGUCCAAUUUCCUCAACUUCACGGCGUUCGAGUACCUCCAUGUCGGGAUUGAAAACGAGGUCAUGUCCUACAUCUACUGCAUGGACCAAAUAAUCAACACCGGGCAGGACGUUGCGCUGCUCCGCGCCCAGGGUAUCAUCGGGAAUUAUCUGGAGAGCGAUGAGGCUGUAGACAAGAUGUUCAACUCGCUGGGCAAGGUUGUGACGAUCAACCCCAGCCGCAGCCUCAGGGACGUGCUCGAGAAGGUCAACAAGUACCGCAAUAAGCGCUGGAACAGGUGGAGGGCUAAUCUCAUCCACACCUACUUGAGGAAUCCUUGGGUUGCAUUGUCUCUCAUCGCUGCCGUCUUCCUCUUUGCGCUCACCAUAAUUCAGACUGUAUAUUCCGUGCUCGGCUACUACAAAUGAACACUUUGCCUCUCAGUACAACAAUAUACUGUCUUUUUUUCCACUUUUUUUGGUUUUUCUCCUGAUGACGGAUGCUCGAUCAUCGUCUCUUGAUCGGUUUGGGUUGUUAUGAAUGAUUUUCCUCCUGCUUUCAGUCAUGUUCAUAUCCCUUUUCAAUG